AUGUCAACGCCAAACCUCCACUUCCUCUUUCUCCUUUCCGACUCUGCACUACCUCUAGGUUCAUUCGCUUUCUCCAGCGGACUGGAAUCUUAUCUCGCGCACCAUAAACCGCCUUUUUCAUCUUCAACCACAACACCACCACUAGACUUCCACUACUUCCUACACUGCAGUAUCAGGAAUCUGGCUUCUACUUCUCUACCUUAUGUGUUGGCUGCAUAUACCACACCAGAAAAGGUCGAAACCCUAGACAAUGAUUUCGACGCUAGCACGUCGUGUACGGUGGGAAGGAGAGCGAGUGUAGCACAAGGGAAAGCGCUACUAGGUCUUUGGGAAAGAGCUUUUGCUGCUUCUUGUGUUGCCUCUUCUGCAACGGAUGCAGCGAUUGCGGCAAUGACUUCCUUUGCUGCUGCAUUCAAGGUGGCGAAACCUGAUGCUUGGGGUUUGAAGCUGAAUGCGCAUUUUGCUCCUCUGUUUGGUGUGUUGUGCAGGUCACUGGCGUUGUCGCAAGAGGAAACGGCAUACCUUUUUCUAUGCAACCAUGCUAAGAGUGUCUUGUCUGCGGCAGUGAGAGCGGGUGUCAUGGGUCCGUAUCUCAGUCAUGGCGUCCUGGCAUCUGAGCAGCUGCAGAGUGUCAUCAGAGGUUGUGCCGUGGGAGAAAAGGACACCAAGGUCGAAGAUGCUGGUCUUAGUAUCCCUGUCACGGAUUUGUGGAUGGGAAGGCACGAGCUGUUGUAUUCGAGGAUUUUCAAUUCUUGA